CACAAAAGGGGGACGCAUCUGAAAGAGAGUGCGCUUUGCUGGGGCAUCUCGUUUUGCUCUUGUGUUAGAUGGUUACUGGUGUCCCAGGUCAGAAUGCAGCGUCAGGUCCGCGUGCGUAACCGCGCGCCCGGAAACGGAGUAAGCGGAUUUUAACAGGAGGUGAUGAAGAAGAGGAUGAAGCGCGCGCUGCUCCGGUUGUGCUGUGAUUUGUCCCGGGUGCACGCGCGCGAGUUCGUUCUGGGAGUCUCGAGCAUGAAGCGCUUCCGGCAGCGGCUCCGGGUUGCGAUGCUUUUCCUGGGAUUUCUGCACGGCGUGACAGCCUCCAGAUGUGUGGGCCACGCCUGUAGCCCUCCUGUGGGCAACUUGGCCAGUGGCAGGACUCUUCACACACAGUCAUCCUGCUGCUCCAACAGCUCGCUGAUGGCAGACGACCCUUUUCUCCACCCGGACACGUGGUGGGAGUCGGGGGCCGCAGCAGCUGGAGAGGAUGAGAUCCGUCUGGACUUGGAGGACCAGUUCUGCCUGACCCAUGUGGUGAUGGUGUUCCGCUCACCGCGUCCCGCUGCCAUGAGCCUGGAGCGCUCGCAGGACUUUGGCCGCACCUGGGAGACAUUGAAGCUGUUCGCUGAGAACUGCAGCUCUGCCUUCGGGCUCCCUGAUGAUGUUAGCCAGCAUGAGGCACUUUGCACGUCCAGAUACUCCAGCGCCACACCGUGUACUGGGGGAGAGGUGAUUUUCCGAACCAUGGCUCAGGGUAGAGGGAUGGACGACCCCUACAGUCCUGAAGCCCUGUCUGUACUGACCCUCACUAACCUGCGCAUACGCCUCCUGAAACCCCAUCACUGUCCUGCUUCCCCUUUCACCUCCUCUAGGGGGCAGCACAAUGCGCCACAACAAGCACCCAACAUCCAAUUCUUACCCAGAGUUCCCAGACGGUCAUCUCAUAACUCCACACAGUCUGAUUCUGCUCCUUAUGCCAUCUUCUCGCUCCUUGCCCGAGGAACUUGCCUGUGUCAUGGGCAUGCAGAGCAAUGCCUUCCUACUGGAGGACAGGACAGCAGUGUGCAGGUGCAAGGGAGGUGUGUUUGCACUCACCACACAGCAGGUGUUCACUGUGAGAAAUGCGCUCCGCUCUACAAUGAUCAGCCCUGGAGAGCAGCCAACGGCAGCAGCGGAGAACCGAACCCCUGUCAGAAGUGUGAAUGUCAUGGCCAUGCACAGAGCUGUCACUUCUCCCAGCGAGUGUGGAGGUCCACGGGUGGCACCAGCGGAGGUGUUUGCGAUGACUGCCAGCACAACACGGAGGGCCGGAGGUGCCAACGCUGCCGCCCAGGAUACCGACGCCACCCGGCUCGACCCCUCGACUCGCCUCAAGCCUGUACACGCUGUUGGUGCGACCCAGUGGGCUCGGUGCCAGUCGGGACCAGCGGCGACGCGGCCUGGUGUCACCCCAGGAGUGGGCAGUGCCACUGUAAGCCUGGUGUCGGUGGGUCGAGCUGUAGUCACUGUCUGCGUGGACACUGGGGCUUUGGACCUGAGGGCUGCAGACCCUGCGCAUGCCCUCUGACCUGUGACCCCUUUACAGGUUUCUGCUUAGAAAGCAAAACCAACGGAGAAUUUUACAACAUUCCCCUUGGAGGCAAAAUUCCUGAUCUGACUCACUUCCACCCCCAUGAGGAGAACAAGUCAUGGUCCAACGAGCUCACUGUCUCUGCCCUGUACUACACGGGGAAAUGUACCUGCAAGGAAAGGAAGGUGAAGAGUGUAUCUGAUUUGUGCAGAAUGAAACAUUCUUAUGUGAUCAAGGCCAGCGUGCUGUCAGCUCAUGAUAAAGGCACGCAUGCGGUGGUGCAGGUGAAGGUGAGGAAGGUGCUGCGCUCAGGCACAGUGCUGCUUUCUCAGGGCACACACAGCCUGUACCCGCUGUCCUGGACCAGCCGCGGCUGCACCUGCCCCGUCCUCAACCCAGGAGCAGAGUACCUGCUGGCGGGCUCAGAGGAGGCAGAAUCGGGCCGUUUGCUGGUCACCAUGCAGAGUCUGGUGGUGCCAUGGACAAACACACUCGGCUUCCUUGUCUCCGAGGCUCUGCGGCAGGGCUGCUUAUGAUAGGAACGCUCCGGAAGAGCACAGAUACACUGACACUGAAAAUGAGGAUUUCAAACUCACAAACGCAGCUGGUUUCGUAAACUAUGGGAUGUUAACAGAACUGUGUGGAGACCCAACUCUACCGAACUCCCGUACUGAAUGAGGUCAGAGGAUGUGGAGUCAUGAUACAUGAUGAGUAUGAGUCAUGAUGAGUCAUGAUACACCCUGAUAUACAGCUCAUAGCGUGCGUUUUUAUUGCUUCCACCAAUUACUGCAUUAGUUCUCAGACCAGUGAUAGGAAGCCUGUAAAAGACAACCAGUACUGUGGUCCUGUCGCACUUAAACAAUUGCCCAUUAUGUUACUCGAAUAUUUAAAUUUUUUUUUUACCAGUUUGAUUUUCCUUCUGUCACUGUUAAAUAGUCUAUUUUUGUAAACUUUUAAUAAAAAACUACAGAACUCAUAAUGUGUUAUAGGGGAUGGAAUAUCACAUCAAGCCCCAAAAAAAACCCCACAUUCUUCUCACAUUCUGUGAACAGGAACAAAUAUAUGCAACCAACAAACAUGGAUGUUUCAUGGUUGCCAUGGAUACAGCUUUCUUUAUAAUUACAUAUCAUCUAUUCUACUUAUAUCUAUACAUCUAUUCACCCUGGUGCAAUUUUCAUACUAACCAAUUGAUUAGUUUCAGACAAAGUAAAGUAUUUUUUUUUUUU